AUGCAAAAGUUGGAUGAGUCACCAGAUUUUCGACCAUUCAAAUUCAGAAUUCAAGCAUUUACAAAUGCUUACCAUGAUGAAUUGAUCCGCAAUGGAUACACGGAAGAAAUUUUACCAUUAAGAAAAGAUGGAAAGAAAGCUAAAUCUAAGGGAAAUCAUGUUUGGAAUAUUGAGGCCAAAAAAACCCCCACUGGCGGUUGGGUGUUCCGUGAAUUUACCCGCAAAAUUGCAGGUAUACCUAAUAAAAUCGCCUAUGUUGGAACUGAGUAUACCUAUGCACCACGAGUUUGGGACCCACAAGUUAAUGUGAAAUCAAUUAAAGCUGUUUUUCAUUCACCUUGGUUACCUAAUUGGCUUAGAUGGGAAAACAAUGUUCUUACUGGCACACCCGAUAUGAAUUCUCAAAGUUGCGAAAUCACUGCAGUUGCCAAUUAUUAUCAUGGCGAUACUGUAUAUAAACUUGAAAAGUCAUUUUAUAUUACUGUUGCUGCUCAUAUUGAACCAUCAGAACAUCAUGAUUUAAAUCCCAUGGCAAUGGCAGAUUAUCAAUUGCAGUCACAUCUUUCUCAACAAUAA